AUGGCCAAGAGGGCCUUUGCACUGAACGUUUCCGUUUCCCACCAGAUCGCUUUUCUCCUGCGCCGGGGGGGGCGGUCCUUCGCUUCCCAAACCGAGGGGGAGGUCCGCGUGACGCGAGUCCUGCAGGAGAAGUUUCCCCAGGCUGCGGCUAUCAGGGUCGUCGACAUCUCAGGUGGUUGUGGAGCAAUGUACGAAAUACAUAUAGAAUCAGAAGAGUUUAAGGAAAAGAGAACAAUUCAGCAGCACCAAAUGGUCAAUCAGGCGCUAAGUGAAGAAAUUAAAGCAAUGCAUGGACUGCGGAUAUUCACUUCUGUUCCCAAGCACAGAACUGGCUGAUGGCACAGGGGAGCUGCGCCUUUCAGAAGCUGUGAGAAGAUGCCCGCUGGAAAGUGAUAAAAGCCGCGCGUUGUAUUUCUGUCUCUCCCCCUUCCAAUCUCCAGUGCCUGGUUUCAGCAGCAAUAUUUAUUUCAGAUUGAAAAUUUAGCUCACUUAAUUGCAUUGGGUAAUUCUUUUUCAAGAAGACCAGUGUGAAGUUAUAGUGGAAAUCUCCUUAUCCGUGGCACUAAAGGCAAGAAUGAAAAAGAAUAGGGAGAAAUGUUUGCAACAUUAUCCUGCUCUUAUUUUUAAUUCAAAACUCUGUCAUGGCUCAGAUGGAAAUUUAUGCAUGAAAUAUAAUGCAAACUGCCGCUGCUGCUGUUUGAAGUUUCUGAUAACUGGGGAUCCCAAAAGGAGUUUAGGCUCACAAGUGCUAAAAUUACUUGUAAUCUGAAGAGCCUGUCUUAUAAGAUUGCUUUUACACCAGCUCUUGGACCGUCUAGUUUUCUAAGAUUAUCUAAAGAUAAUUCUGGCAAUGUACAUUAUUAGCUAUGAUGGGCUUUUCCUUCGGUUGUUAAGAAGGUGGUAUCCAUUGCUCUAUUUAUUGCUCUAAAUUUCAUUUUGUCUCCUGAAAUACCAAAUAAGGUAUAGUUUUAAUGAAGAAUAUUUUGCCAUUAUAGCAUUCUGAAUGUGGGAAAUAAAAUUUAAAUAACA